CUAAAGUCACUGACUCGCGUUGCGAUUUUCAGCGUGCGCUUGGAAUUUGCAAUAAUUCCUAUUAAAAUCGAACCUAAUCUAUUGGAACGAUGUCUCGUUUUUUCGCCGGCGGUUCGGAUUCCGAUUCCGAUAGCUCCUCGGAUAGUGAGCCAGUGAUUCGCCAGCAGGUGGCACAAUUCACGUUCAGCGAUGAAGAGGAAGAUGUCAAGCGUGUUGUUCGUUCGAAGAAAGAAAAACGCUAUGAGGACCUAUCCAACAUCAUCAAGAGCAUACGGAAUCAUAAGAAGAUCAAAGAUAUGUCGAGUGUUUUGACAAGCUUUGAAGAAUUCAUGCGUGCUUAUACGAAGGCACUCCCGGUGGUGAUGAAGGAAGAAAAUGGCAUCACCCCACGAAUCGUUGUUCGAGCGCUCGCUGAGCUCGAAGACUUCAUUAAUGAUAGCUGGGACGAUAAAGAAAGCCGUAAAAAUCUUUCAAAGAACAAUAACAAAGCGCUUGGCACGUUGCGGCAGAAAUUUCGCAAGUAUAUCAAAGAUUUUGAAUCCGAUAUGAAGCGUUUCCGCGCCGCCCCGGAUGAAUUUAUGGAGGAAGAGGAAGAAGAGGAUCGGGAGGAACAGAAAGGAUCAGAUGAUGAGGAAGAAAAAGCCGAAGCUCAGAUGGAAUUUACAAAAGUAGUUUCCUUCAAAAAGGAUCCGGAAAAGGUAAAGCCUAUCAAGCCGGCGGUUGAUUCCGAUUCAUCUGACUGGGGCAGCGACUCAGACUCUGAUAGCACGUCUUCGGACGAGGACGCCAAAUACACAAGCAUUCGCGAUCGGUUCUUGAAGAAGCCUGAGAAGGGUGGAGAAGAUGCUGCUGUAGUACCUAUCGGCACUACCAGUGAAGAUGCAUUCAAGAAGGAAAAGAAGAAAAAGACCGGUGAAACGUUAAGCAAGAAAAAGAAGCCCAAGGCGGAUGAGAUGUAUGAUGAAAACGACGAGGAGGAGGAAGGCUGGAAGGUAGUAAAUGGAACCCGAUCCGGUGCAUCGGAACAGCCGAAGAUGUUCGCUAAGGAUGCGGAAAUUGAUACGAAGCUGGUCGUGAAUAAGCUGAACGAGGUGAUGGCUGCCCGCGGUAAAAAAAGGACCGAUCGAAAGAUGCAAAUUGAAUUCUUACGGGAGCUGCGUUCAGUAGCUGAAAUCAAUAAUCUGGGGCCAGCAGUGGCCGCGAAGAUUCGAUUCAACAUAGUUUCUGCCAUUUUUGACUACAAUCCAAAGGUGUCCGGGCCAAUGAAACUCGAGCACUGGAGCAAACUGCUGGAGGAAAUACAGGAAUUGCUGAAAUUGUUAUUGGCGAAUGAGGAUGUCCAUUUGUCCGAGUCGAUUUUGGAUGAGUUCGAAGAAUACGACACAGCUCCGUUUAAAAUUCGUGGUUGCAUGCUAACGGCAGUUGAAAGAUUGGAUGAUGAAUUCACAAAGCUGUUGAAGGAGUGCGAUCCGCACAGCAAUGAAUAUGUUGACCGUCUUAAGGAUGAGGUGACUGUUACAAACAUCAUAGAACAGGUGGUGUCGUAUGUGGAACAUCUAGGACACGAGACGGAAAUAUGCCGCAUCUAUCUUCGUAAAAUUGAUCAUCUUUACUACAAAUUUGAUCCGAAUGUGCUGAAAAAGCGAAAGGCUUUGUUGCCUUCCAAUACCGUAACUUCGGUGGAAGAGAUGGAUAAACUUUGUCGUUACAUUUACGCCAAAGAUCAAACGGACAGGCUGCGCACUCGUGCCAUUCUAUCGCACAUUUUUCAUCACGCACUUCACGAUAAUUGGUUCCAAGCUCGUGACCUGGUACUGAUGUCGCAUCUACAAGAAACUAUUCACCAUUCCGAUCCUUCAACGCAAAUUCUGUACAACCGCAUGAUGGCCAAUCUGGGUUUGUGCGCUUUCCGCCACGGUAAUAUCAAGGAUGCGCAUCUUUGUCUGGUCGAUUUGAUGAUGACGGGCAAACCGAAAGAACUGCUCGCACAAGGACUUGUUCCACAACGUCAGCACGAGCGGUCGCUUGAACAGGAGAAAGUUGAGAAGCAGCGCCAGAUGCCGUUUCACAUGCACAUUAAUUUGGAGCUGCUUGAAUGCGUGUAUCUAGUGUCUGCUAUGUUGCUCGAGAUCCCAUACAUGGCAGCUCACGAGUUCGAUGCCCGACGACGAAUGAUCAGCAAAACCUUCUAUCAGCAGCUCCGAUCAUCUGAGCGGCAAUCGUUGGUUGGCCCACCAGAAUCAAUGCGCGAGCACGUGGUAGCUGCUGCCAAAGCCAUGCGUCACGGAGACUGGAAUGCUUGCGCCAACUUCAUUGUGAACAAAAAAAUGAACGUCAAGGUUUGGGAUCUAUUUUACGAAGCGAAUCGAGUGCGUGAAAUGAUGGUAAAAUUCAUCAAGGAAGAAUCGCUGCGCACUUAUCUAUUCACGUAUUCAAAUGUGUUCGCUUCAAUCAGCGUACCACACUUGGCAGACAUGUUUAAACUGGCAAAGAGUAAAGUUAACUCGGUGAUCAGUAAAAUGAUCAUCAACGAAGAACUAAUGGCAUCCCUUGACGAUCCGACCGAAACAAUUGUGAUGCAUCGCUCUGAACCAUCGCGCCUGCAGGCGUUGUCAAUGCAACUAGCCGACAAGGUGACGAACCUAGUGGACGCCAACGAGCGUAUCUUCGAGAUGAAGCAAGGAAACUUCUUCCAGCGAGGCGGCAAUCAGGGUUACAACCGCGAUCGACAGAACUACCGUAAUCAGAACCAAAAUCAAAACUGGAACAACAACCGGAGACAGGACAAUCGGAAUCGAGGAAACCGCGGAAAUCAGAACCGUGGCGAGGGACGAGAGCAGCGUGAGCAUCAUCGCGAACAACGCGAUCAUCAUCGUGAUCACCAACGGGAGCACCAGCGUGAGUUUAGAGAGCAGCGCGACCAUAUGCGCAAUGUUGAAUAUCAGAAUAAAGCCGAGUAGUCAUCAAGGCAGCAAAGGAAAACGUCUGACCAGCACGAAAAAACGGUGUAAACUGUUAACAUAUUCAGCACAAAAACCACUAACAUCUGGCUGAAAGAAGGUGGAAAGCGUGAAUUGAUUCAGAUCCUUGAUUAUUAUACUACUAUAGCCCGAUAGGAUUUUACGGUCGGAUGUUAUAAACCGAAUGGAAUCAAACCGUGUAGCACAUCUUCGCUUUUCUGAUAUUCUAGGUGUAGGUCGGGCAGUAUUGUAUCGUGUAUGCAGCAUAGAAGAAAAUGUACGUAAAAACAUGGCUCCAUCGAGAAUUAGUUUUGUCAAUAACCAUUUAACAUCCAUAAGGCAAAUAAACGUGCGUUACAACGGCACCGUUCGGGCAGUACAGCGGCGGGUGCUUCAUGCAUCAGGCAUGAUGCAUCAAAAACGAACGGUUGAUAUGUUGCUUCGCACUUGGAGCGAAAAUGAAUGUUUUUUUUUAUUGAAUUCAUAAAAAAGCCUGUUUUCAAUUCAUAACAAUAUUAAGGUGGGGUUUGCUUGGUUGUAUCAUGCGAAAUGGUGUCCUAUCCCUUCAAAUCCUACCGAAAUUUGCGUAUACUGCAUGCAAUUUGAUGGCACGGACAUGUAGCAUGGUUUGAGAAUUCGCUAUUGCGAUUAUUGCUUUCAUGGGGG